AUGUCCACUCAAUACACGUGCAGGAGCACCAACCCCUGGGCCGACAGCAGUAUUAUAUAUGCAGGAUUACUGGUAAAUACAGUAUUCGAAUCAAGCAUCCUCCAUGAGAAGCUGAAGGAACUUAUCACUCUGUGGCCCAUUUUAGGAGGCACAGUGAUACGAAGCGCUGGGGGUUGCUUCGAGUUCGUCCAGGCAUUCUGUGAACUGCUGUCCAAUCGAAAAAUCCCCUCUUUUGUUCACCCGCCCGAUACACGAGGGAUUAAAAUUUCUGAUUCCAUCACUGAUAGUGAUAAAGACGAGAUCCAUUGUGAUGCCUCUGCGGACUUUGAAUCUCCCGAGGGAAACUGGGACAUCGGGGUCAUCAAGGCGGCUCAGAUGACGUGGAGGGUUGCAAGAGCACAUCUGUCAAUGACUUUAGGAUUGCGCGAAAAGCUGAAGGAGAAAUAUGUUCACCUUCCAUGUGGCUGGGUAGACCAGAUUAGUACUCAAGCUCAGAAGGAGCUAAACGUUCUCCCCGAGUCUCUCGAUAUCCAGCUUACGCGCAACGAUAUCAUUUCAGCCUGGUACCUGAAAACAAUAUAUGGGCCAUCAUAUUCUUCCUGCAGUGACAACACACUGGUAGACUUUUGCGUGGCAAUCAAUUACAAGGGGCUUAUUAACCCAUUACUGGCAGAAGAUGCUUCUGAGAAAACCCUGCCCCAGAAGGAACAGCAGAAAUCUCACUAUCUCCAUCACAGGGUCGCCAUUUUCCGCUGUAAAUUUACAACUAGCCAACUGCAGAACGAUUCAAUUGCCAGUAUCGCCUGGAACAUACGUCGGGCGACGCUUCAUUACAAGCAGCCUUCGUCGAUCCAAAAGUAUAUUCAAUUUGUUGAGAAACGCAAUUCCAACUUUUUGAUUGUCAAUAUUUGUGCAAGUGACCCUUUUUCCAUGGUGAAGCUCUCCUCGUGGACGACUUAUGACUAUAUGGCUCUCGACUUUUCUGGAGCAAUCGGUGAUAGGAAAGUGCAACAAGACAAGGCGAGCGUCGCUUUCGUCAAUCCGCUCGCUGUCAGUCCUAUUACAGGUCUCACGCUGUAUACUCUAAAGGAUGGAAUGGGGGAUAUCUGA